UUAUGGAAGUAUACUAGAGCUUGCAAAGAAUAUGAAUAAACAAAUCCAACAGGUGUAUAUAGGCAAAUUAUUCUAUAGAGGUGUGUCUGAUAAACCAUCCUGUAGGUUAAGAACAGACAGCCAAGCUGAACUGUACAACAGGAAAGUAUCAAUGGUGAAUCGUCUACUCAAAGAAAAACUUCAGGAACAUCCAAAUAUACAUUUAUGGUUCACAAAAGGGGUCACGUUGUAUGCCAGGGAUCUUCUUCUAGAAGAUGGUACUCACCUCAACAGAAGGGGCCACAAAAAACUCUGGCGGACAAUACGAGGGGCGACCAUACAAGCUAAAAAGAGUCUUACUAAACAGCAUGAACGCUCCGCCAGGGAUUCCUCCUCAAGGCGGCCAGAUGGGAGACCAAGAGGCGGGCCAAGAUCAACAACAACAAGGAGCUUUGAAUCAAGCAGAUCAACGACAAGGAGGCCAGAAUGUGGGCAAUGGAAUUCCAAAUCCAGGAGAACCUUUAGCAGACAUGGGUCAGCAAGGUCAGGCGGCCAAUGGGAAUCAAAAUGGGGAUCAACAAGUGCCCCCAGCCGGCAUGGGCGUGCAAGGGCAGCAAGUACCUCAAAAUGGGCAAAACGCAGCCGUGAUGGAUCCACAACAACAACCUCAAGCUCCAGCAGCCGUGGGUCAAUUAGGACAACAACAGAUGCCACAAAUCGGCAUGAUUCAAAAUCAACAGCCAUUGCCAGCAGGCAUGGGUCAAAUGGGGCAGCAACAACAAAUGCCAAUCAAUGCAAUGAUACAGGAUCAAAGAAUCCAGAAUCAGCAACCUCUGCCAGCAGGUAUGGGCCAGCUGGGGCAACAACAGGGACUGCAGGCUGGUAUGGGCCAGCUGUAUCAACAACAAAUUUAUCCUCCUGGUAUGGGCCAGAUAGGACAACAUCACAAUCUUCCAGGUGGCGUUGGUCACGUUCAACAGAUCAACGGAAUGAUACCAGCUGCUAUGGGGCAGCAGGGUAUGGUACCAGCCGCUAUGGGUCAUCAGGGUUUCCAACCUCAGUUAGCGAAUCAGCACAUAGGUCAAAACAAUCAAAUUGGCAUGGGCCAGCCAGGAGUCGCACAUAUGAUAGCAGGGGCUGGUAUGGGCCAGCCAGGAAACAACGGUAUGGGGAACAUCGGAGUUGGACCACAGUUCGGGAUAGGUCAACAUAUGGGGGUGAACCAAGCUGGUAUGGGCCAGCCCAUGAUGAUUGCGCCGGGGGGCAUUCUGGAUCAGUCAAAAAACAACCUUCAGCUUCAAGGCUUUCCGGCUCCAACACCCAGGUGCCAAUACGUCACCAACACAAAUUCCUUGGGAAGCAAAACCAGAGAUCUUAUUAAAAGACGUGAUACGUGGUUGAAUAACGCAAAGACAAAGGGAACCCACAGGACGUACAACCAAUUAGAUAAGUACUUGGAUAAAUUUCAAGCAGAGUUUAACAGCAGCGCGUUGACAGGAGGUGCCUCAACAGUUUCUUUAUUUGUGACAUAUUUAUCGAAAACAUUAGCCCCCUCGACUAUUAGAACUAUGCUUUCAGCUUUGGCAUAUAAACAAAAAAUGCUAGGUAUCGCUGAUAAUACAAAACACUUCUUGGUUCAAGAGACACUCGUAGGUUUCACUCGUCAUCGACCGCAGAAGGAUACACGUCGCCCAAUUACUAUUCCAAUAUUGAGGUUGUUGGUAUCUACGUUAAAACGCACAUAUUUGGACCAGUGGACAGUAGCAUUAUUUUCUUCUAUGUUUCUGGUCGCAUUUUUUGCGCUGCUUAGGAUAGGAGAGAUAGUGACUGACACAGCAGGCCACACUUUAACACAUGAUAAUAUACUAGUCAUUCCUUCAGAGAACAGGAUAGUUCUAACUUUGAGUUCACACAAACAUUCAAAACCGGGUGUUUCAGCAUCCGUAUCGUUAUAUACUCAAGCAGCUGACAUUUGCCCGGUGCAUCAUUUACGGCAAUUUUUGGAACAACGAACAAUGUGUAAAACAGCACAGUUAUUCGUCCAAGCAGACGGUAGGCCAGUUACAAGAGGACAAUUUAUGGCAAUGUUUAAUAACCUCUUAAAGUUAAACAACCUCGAUCCUGAGUCUUACAAGGGACAUUCCUUUAGGAUAGGGGGAGCCACAUAUGCGGCUGCUCGAGGUCUAUCUGAUUCAGUGAUACGACGUCUUGGGAGAUGGAAAUCUAAUGCUUUUGUUAAAUAUAUCAGGGACACUUAGGAACUGUAGUUGUUUAUAGUAUUCAUCAUAGGACUCAUUGUCUUGCCAAGUGAUAUAGACAUGAAGAGAGGUUUGAACGUAGCGUUCAACUACGCAGUUUUUUAGUGUAGUAGUAGAAAUUAGUUUGAGUUAACUUAGUCAUAGUUCUUAUUUAUUGGACCAGUGCUAUAUUUUUACUUAUCAAAUAUUUUGCAAUACAAAGGUUUUCACUUGGUAAGAGCUUAUCAAUGAGAUAUGUUGCUAUUGUCUUAAAAUGAAUGCUUAUAUUUAAUCAGUGGUAAAAGAUCUCAUAAUUGUCAACUUUUUAUAUUUAAGAGAUAGAUUGUUUCAGGGAUUUCGCAAUUCCAGUCAAUGCAUCAAGAAAUGGUCUGCAAUAUCAACUUACAAGAAACAUAUAUCUGUAUAUAACUUAGAUAAAAUAUUUAUUUAUAUAUUUAGCUACUGACCAACCAUGUUGAGAUUGUUUUUCACAUGAUAAUAUCUCUUGAAGUUAUCGCAAUAAAAGAAUAUUAUGUUUUAUAGUAUACACAUUUUUUCAUCUUUUUAUGUAUCAAACAAGUUAUGUAGUUGGAAGAAAUUAUGAAUCACCUUUCUUAAAACUUUUUUGGUGGGGGCAACAUUUCGGCAUUCACCUUAAUGUUUUUGUGGCAUUUUUUAUAAAGCCCCACCUAAACUAUUAUGUUAAUCAGGAUUAUGAGCCUACUGCUCAUAUGCUUGUUCGAGUUUUUUCAGCUACGGCUUAGGUGAUCCUAGUAAGUAUCGGAACGGCGCAGAAGAUUUUAAAACUCCCUUAAGGCAAUAAAACUAAAUAUGUGUCAGUUCUGAUAUUAGUUUACUAGAAAAAAUUUUAUAAGAAAGAUAAA